AUGUCAAAAAACAUUAUAGCCGAGCAUGAGAUCAGGAAUAUCUCGUGUGCCGCGCAGGACCCUGAAGAUCUGUCCACGUUUGCGUACAUCACCAAGGACCUGAAAUCCAGCCAUCAUUACUGCCAUGUGUUUACAGCUUUUGAUGUGAAUCUGGCCUAUGAGAUUAUCCUGACGUUGGGCCAGGCGUUUGAGGUGGCGUAUCAGUUGGCCCUCCAGGCCAGAAAGAGCGGCCACGGGUCAUCCACUCUGCAGAGAGCUUCGACAGCAAAACCCUCCAAACCUGUCCCUAAACCUCGCGUAAACAUACGCAAGUCUAUGGAGCAGCCCUCAAUGGAUCAAAAGGGCCACGCCAACGUCCCCUGGAUAGUCGAGCCAGGACAGGAAGCCAAAAGAGGAGCAAACACCAAGGCAAUGGCGGACGCCCAUGUCUAUUACAGUGGAAUUCAGAGAAUGUAGCCUGCCCCUAACAUGGACCCUCACUCUCACACGCAUUGCAAAAACGGACCGCAAAUACGGAACCUAAAAGCGUCACCGGAGCCUCUCAUAUCGCACUUGUAAGGAUUUGCACAAGGACUUUUUCGCCUGGGACUUGGCUUUCGCGUACAAGGACCGUCGACAUGGACCCGUGGCCUUUUAACGAAACACUCGCAUGCGCUCGCACACACACACUGCAUAAAAACAAUAGGAGGAGACUUUGGAAUCGGAAUGUACACUUUUCAAGAGGAAGCGAUCCGAAUCACGUUCUGAAGGAUUUUGUCGUGUGAGAAACGGACUUGGGAAAGAUUCGGAUGACUACACUGACUUUUCACCGAAUAUCUAGUCCAAAAUACCAUGGCAUGUCUGGGCUGGGAUGAAAAUGGACAUUUACAUGAAUUGCUGUAUUUUUUUCCUUUUCUGUUUUCUAUGUUUCUUUCUUCUUCUUUUCCUUAUUUCGUUUUUUUGUGGUUAUUGAUCUAAAAAUAUCAAUAUGCACAAUGUGAAAGGACUCACUGCAGUAGACAACAAUGAAAUGGACACGUCUCGUGCCAAAAUCACUACGGAGUGGUUGUUGACGUAAUUGGUGACGCCAUGCAGAUUAGUAUUCAUAUAUUGGCAAGAAAUUUUACUGUUUAAUAGAGAACUAUAUUACCAUUACUGUAAAAUUUACAAUUAUUAUAAUUAUUCUUCUUAUUGUGCAAUUCUCGUCUGAUGUCGUCUUAAUGUUACAUUAUUUUUUUAUGACACGUUGAGCUCGAAUACGUAGCCAUCCGAGAAAACUAAACAAAUAUUAUUCUAGUACUACGGAGGAUGUUCGAACGUGUGGAUGGCUCCACUUGUGUUUCAAAUGAAAAUAUAAAAACAGAUGUCUUAUUUUCACUCAUUGUCACUGUAGAAUUUUGCCACAGUUAUGUAAAUAAAUAUUUUGUUGACUCAUUGUUCAUAUAUGUAAUAAAAAAAACAAAGAAAAAACUUGUAUUAAGAAUGAGAAAAACAAAUAAAUAAAUUGCAUUGGUAAACAAGGUACCAAAUUUGGCAGGUCAAAGUGCAACACAUUAAAACAAAACAACAGUAUGUGCAACGGGUUGAUUUGUGACAUCAUUGCUGACUAACAUGUGUAGAUAGGCUUGGGCUUCCAGCACACAGAUUUUGUAAGUUUGGUCUUUAUUUAUAUUCUUGCAAAGCACACCGAAUAAAUCCAGAUUGUAGAUCCAUUGUU